AUGAACGCUACUGUCCAUAAUAUUACGACCAACGUUUUUGUUGCGAGCAGUGUACAGUGGACGGCAGUGUGGAGUUUCUCCAUCGUCCUGCAGCUGACAUUCUUCAUCGUGCUAAUCAUCCUGAAUAUGUUCAUGCUACUCUUCUUCAUUCGGCACAGAACACUGCGCACGGGGUUCAGCGUGUAUCUCCUUGUCCUUCUUGCCGCGAACAUCUUCUUUGCUGUGGGCAAAUAUACCGUGGAAAUUCUGCACUCCCUGUACCGGCACUGGUGGAUGUCGCGCGCCGUGUGCAGUUUCUACCUGUACCACAGUUGGGUGUUUGUCGGUGUGCAGUUGCAUAUGCACUUUCUUAUCACCAUCAAUCGCCUGUGGGCGUUGACCUUUCCGCUGUCGUAUCGCAAUCGCCACAGCAGUGCGAUAGCGUGGCUGUUGUCGGCCGGCAUCGUGGCGUAUGUGCACAUGACACCAGAGUUUGGUUGCUAUUUAGACACGGCUAAGCAAGGCUUGUAUGCCGCUGUAGUUAAUCAGUUAGCGUUUACUUUACCUGCUGUCGUGGUGGUUGCUUCCUAUCCCUACAUUCUGUACAAAUAUCUUCGCCGGCGGCGAACGAAUAACAUGAGGGUAACAGCAGCAACCAGCCCAAGGCAACAAACCGGCGACAACGUCCACCCUUUCCUGAUCCUAACGCUACUGACCGGCAGUAUACUUAUCUGCUGGAUGCCUAGCCAAAUCUACUGGACGCUGUACACUGUCAUGGACGUCUCGAACUUAUCUCUGUUAUUCCAGAGCGCGACAGUUUUGUUAGCUCUUCAGGGCGUUCUGGAUCCCAUACUUUUUGCGCUGGCUUUAAGGAGCGUUCGCUUGGCCCUUUUAAAACUGUGCCAGAAAAGGGCCACUUAAUUCUCUUGGCAUGCUCGAAUGAUUCUACGUAUAAAGGCGAUACUAAUUUUGCUUGAUACUCUGUUCUGGUGACUUUGUAAGUUUUCUCGUAUUACGACA